GACGCGCGGUGUCCCGCUGUGUGGAGACAGCAUGUCGGCCUCGCGGAGACAGGCGUGCUUCCUGUGCGACCUGCCCCGGAUGCCCUGGGCCCUGGUCUGGGACUUCACCGAGCCCGUGUGCCGCGGAUGCGUCAACUACGAGGGCGCGGACCGGGUCGAGUUCGUCAUCGACAGCGCCCGGCAGCUGAAGCGGGCUCACGGGCUCCAGGGCGCCCGCUCCCCGGGUCCGGGGAAGCUCCAGCACGCCGGGAAGGACGCGAGCCACUCGGCCGCAGACUCGUGCUCCCGUCCCCCGCAGCCUCUGGACCGCUACCCGCUGUCCGACCGGCCUCCCCGGCUGGGACCGGAGUACCCGGCGGGCAGGCCGGCGAACGGCCUCCCGGUGCCGAACGGGUUUCCCAAACCAGACGAGCCUCCGGAACUGAACCGGCAAAGCCCGAACCCCCGCCGGACCGGCACGGCUCCUCCCGGCCUGGUUCCUCUGGUGAACGGAGCCGUUCCCACCGGCCACCCGCUGAACGGCCGCCCGGCCCACAUGGCUCCGCCCGGGGCUGUGGUGGCGCAAGGCCCCGGGAGGAGCCCGGAGGACCUGAGAGACAAACACCGGCCCGACGUGUCCGACAUGACGGACGCGGAGUGGACGGGUCGAGGGAGGACCGUGCGGGACAUGAUGGCGCUUCACACGUUCGAUAGCCGGCUGAAGAAGGAGCAGGCCGCCAUGCACAGGCUGCUGGGACUCGAACCCGGGACCGGAAGGACAGGUAGGUCCUCCUCCUCUUCCUCCUCUUCCUCAGACAGGGGGAAGCCCCCCCGCAGCAUGAAGAGGAAGGCGUCCCCGGAGCCGGCCGGUGAAGGUGGCGCCCUCCAGAGGAGCGGGGGGGAGUCGUGGCGCCCGUCGCACUCUGACGUCCUGAAGACGGGCUUCUCCUCCGCCCCCCCCUCCACCAUCACCCCGAGCUCCCGCCCCGCCCCCCCCGAGGCCCCGGUGCAGAACGGUCAGUCCCCGAUGGCGGCGCUCAUCCUCGCCACUGACAACGCAGGAGGCGUGGCCUCGCCCAAGGACGCCAACCAGGUUCACUCCACCACGGCGGGCGUACAGCGGACCAGCGGCAGCCCACUGUCCCCGUCCCCUCAGAGGAGACUCGCCCAGAGGGAGGGGCCGUUGAACCCUCCUGCUCCACACGGCCCCGGUGACAUGGAGCCCCCCCCCCUGCCGGCGCAGAGCCUCCCGGACUCCUCGGCGGCGCCCGGCGGCGUGGCGCUCUGCUGCACCCUGUGCCACGAGCGGCUGGAGGACACCCACUUCGUCCAGUGUCCCUCCGCGCCCUCGCACAAGUUCUGCUUCCCCUGCUCCCGGGACAGCAUCAAGCAGCAGGGCGCCGGCGGCGAGGUGUUCUGCCCCAGCGGCGAGCGCUGCCCGCUGGUCGGCUCCCAUGUGGCCUGGGCCUUCAUGCAGGGGGAGGUGGCCACCAUCUUGGCCGGGGACAUAAAAGUCAAAAAGGAGCGGGACCCUUAAAAUGUCCACCGGCUGGUUUCCUUGAACUUUUCCGUUUUUAUAAUCUCACCACGGCAGCAGCAGGACGUGGACUGUAAACACGGCUGUAUCAUAUUUUGAUUUCUUUUUCAAUACGUUGUGUUUCUAUAUUUUUGAAGAUGAAGGUGUGAACUCGACCGUCACACGUGUUUCAGUCUGGAGGCUGUCCCACACCAUGUGACCAAUCUGAGCACCUCGCGAAAAAUGAAUAAAGAAGAAACUAAAACGCU